AUGCGCAAGCUUCGUAUUCUUUGUCGUGAAAGCCGUGGUCUUGGUUUGAAGCGUCUCGAAGAAAUGGGUGCUGAAAUUCAAGAAGUCAAUUACAAGGAAGAAAAGAAGCUCGGUGAAGCUUUGCGCAAUGUUCAUAGUGUCAUUCUUAUCCCCGAGAACUCUUCUGAUCGUCUCAAGGAAGCCGAGAACUUGAUCAAGGCUGCUAAGCAACAAGAAGUUGAGCAUUUCGGCUUGAUGUCCAUUGUCGGUGUUGAUCGUGUUCACCAAAAUGAAGAUGCCAAUUCUAACGAGUUCCGUAACUUGAAGGAGUAUCAUCAAAUCGAAAAGAAGGUCAAGGAAACCUUUGGUGGUGAUAAGCAUUGUAUCUGUCGUCAUCAAAUCUUUAACCAAGUCUACUACUUUUUGGCUCCUCAAAUUGAAGGCGAGAACAAGUUCCCUGUUCCUGUCAAGAAGGACUGUAAGUGGGGUUCAGUCAACAUGAUUGAUGUCGUUGAAGCUGUUUACCGUUUGGCCCGCAAGCAACAUCAGCAACAACGUAACGGUAAGGAUGUUGAUACCUUCUACCACAAGAAUGUCUAUGAUUUCACCAUGCCUCGUACUUUGAAUGGUCAAGAUAUGGCUCGUGAAGUUGGUCAAGGUUUGGGUCGUGAAGAUCUUCAAUUUGAACAAGUCUCUGAUCAAGAUUUCAAGAAGCAACUUGAGCGCAUGAGAGAGGACCGUCGUUUCAAAGACCGCACUGAUAAUAACGGUAAGAUCGAAGAAGGUCGUGACGGUUGGUGGUCUGUUCCUAUCGGCAAGUUCCUUAACGAACAAAACAUUGAAACCAUGAUGGAGUUCUGGAGAUUGGCUAACAAGGGUCAACAAGAUAACAGCUCCGAUGAUCUCAAAAAGAUUUUGGAACGUCAUCCUCAAGGCCUCAAGGAGUAUUUCAAGACCAACCGUGAGCAAUUCAAGCAAUUCAAGUAA